AUGCUGCUCCAGGGCUUUUGCGACGACUGUCUGGUCAGUGGGUGUUUCUCCUCUUACUCUACUACAUACUCCUUCCAAACCCUUUCCGCUCCCUCUCCCUUCCCCUCCCCCUUCCCCUCCUCCUCCUCCUCCUUCUCGUCACAUAUCUCUUUACACGGGGAUCGUUCUCUUCAUCCCCCUUUUGGCUCCCUCUUGUCUCUCCGCCGCCUUUGUCGUCUAGUCAGGGAUCCGCGGCCUUCACUUGGUUCCGUUCCCACCCCACGCCCACCUCCACACCUCGAGGCUUUCCUCUCGUAUGCACUGGCGAUGCUUGGUCUCCGCGGCAUAGCAUCCUUUAUGGUCGUCUGUGGCCAUCUCUGCACUGCUUUGGUCCCGUGGUUACACUCGCCCGCCCCCGAUCCCAAAACCGCACCGCACCUCUUCCAACUGCCCUACUUUCGUCUUGCCGUCGGCGGCCGCAGUGCAGUCGCUAUAUUCUUCUUGGUCACGGGAUACGUAAACUCGAUUGGCCCUAUUUCGAAAUCGCGCGCGGGGAACCACGAUGCAGCGUUCAUUGGCAUUGCAAGAAGUUCCCUUGCGCGAUCGGGGCGCCUCAUCCUCCCGACCAUGGUCGCAACCAUUGUGACCUGGUUUCUCGCGAAUACAAACGCAUACCACAUGACCAAACAUGUCGACUCGACGUGGAUUCGGCAGGGCUGGCACCGGCAAGAGCCUACCGUUUGGCAAGCAGUCAAGUCGUUGAUCAAAGUGCUGUUGGAAACUUGGACAAUUGGCUGGAAUGAAUACGAUGGUACACAGUGGACUCUGCAUUUGUUCUUGAAGGGCAGCAUGAUGGUAUACACUACCAUGUUCGCGACCGUUCUGGUCCGGCCGAAAGCACGCCUCCUCAUUUACGCUGUCUUGUACCUGUUCUUUUGGCAGCUUGGUGAAGGUCUCGCUGUCGGUGCCCUGAUGGGUCUAAAUAUCAUCGUGGGCAUGUUUGUAGCCGAACUUCACAACCACUACAAAGACACGGCCACCUCGGUCCUACCUGCUCCGAUGCCCGCCCUCAUGAUCCUGGUGGGCAUGUUCCUCGCCGGCUACCCCCAGGAUUCACCACAAAAUGCACGCUGGUCGCAUGUCAUGUUCAAGAUCAUGCAUGCACUGACAGUAGAAAAGACUGAUGUCCGCCGAUACUGGGAUCAUAUUGGAGCCUCGACCGUCCUUCUCGGCAUCUUCUUCUCGCGCAAUGCCCGGCGCGUCCUCACCUCGCCAGUCUUCAACUUCUUGGGCCGUGUCUCCUUCCCCGUGUACCUACUACACAACACCUUCAUCAAGUCCGUCCUCACCUGGAUGAUCUACCUCCCCUCUGCCAUGAACCCACCCAAGAAUGAAAAGGGCGAGCCCAUGGACCUGCAGCGCGGUUCGACAACGCAUAUUCUAAUCGCCAUUGCCAUCUUCUACUACAUCCUAUACCGCAGCGCCGCCCUAUGGGUACGACACGUCGACCCCGUCUGCGCCGACAUGGUCAACGCCGCAACAAAAUGGGCCUAUGGCGAGCCCCAACAACGAGAAUCCAGGCCGAUACUGGGCAACGGAUCCAGCAUCAUCACCACGGACAAAACCGUGCUUCCCUCAUGA